UGCGCGCCGCCGCCGCCGCCGCCGCUCGCCCGGGGCCGCGGAGCGCCCAGCCGGGGCGACAUGCCGACCGGCUCCGGCCUGGACCGAGCGCUUAAGAUGCCGCUGCCGCGGAGGUCGAGGAUCCGCUCGUCCGUUGGACCUGUUCGUCCUUCUUCGGGCUAUAAGAAGGCAGAUGAUGAGAUGUCCCGGGCCACGUCUGUUGGAGACCCGCUGGACGCACCAGCCCGCACCAUUUACCUCAACCAGCCGCAUCUCAACAAAUUCCGUGACAACCACAUCAGUACGGCCAAGUACAGCGUGCUGACAUUUCUACCUCGAUUCUUGUAUGAGCAGAUUAGAAGAGCUGCUAAUGCCUUCUUCCUCUUCAUUGCCUUACUACAGCAAAUUCCAGAUGUAUCUCCAACAGGAAGAUACACCACCCUGGUGCCAUUGAUCAUUAUUUUAACUAUUGCAGGCAUCAAAGAGAUCGUAGAAGAUUUUAAGCGACAUAAGGCAGACAAUGCAGUUAACAAAAAGAAAACGAUAGUGUUAAGGAAUGGUAUGUGGCAUACCAUUAUGUGGAAAGAGGUGGCAGUGGGGGACAUCGUGAAGAUCGUCAAUGGGCAGUAUCUUCCUGCAGACAUGGUCCUGCUAUCCACCAGUGAACCCCAGGCAAUGUGUUAUGUUGAAACAGCUAAUCUAGAUGGGGAGACGAACCUUAAAAUACGCCAGAGUCUGAGUCACACUGCUGACAUGCAGACCCGGGAAGUGUUGAUGAAGUUAUCCGGCACGAUAGAAUGUGAGGGGCCCAACCGCCACCUCUACGACUUCACUGGGAACUUGCACUUAGAUGGGAAAAGCCCUGUUUCCCUUGGGCCCGACCAGAUCUUAUUAAGAGGUACACAGCUUAGAAAUACUCAGUGGGUCUUUGGCAUAGUUGUUUAUACUGGACACGACACCAAACUCAUGCAGAAUUCCACAAAAGCACCUCUCAAGAGAUCAAAUGUUGAAAAAGUGACGAAUGUACAAAUCCUGGUGUUAUUUGGCCUCCUGUUAGUCAUGGCCUUGGUGAGCUCCGUGGGGGCCCUGUACUGGAACAGAUCUCAGGGUGGAAAGAACUGGUACAUCACGAAGAUGGAGACCAGCUCGGAUAAUUUUGGAUAUAACUUGCUGACGUUCAUCAUCUUGUACAACAAUCUUAUCCCCAUCAGUCUGCUGGUGACUCUUGAGGUCGUGAAAUACACUCAAGCCCUUUUUAUAAACUGGGACACAGAUAUGUAUUACCUAGGAAAUGACACUCCUGCAAUGGCCAGGACCUCAAACCUUAAUGAAGAGCUUGGACAGGUAAAAUACCUGUUUUCUGACAAAACUGGAACUCUUACAUGCAAUAUCAUGAACUUCAAGAAAUGCAGCAUUGCUGGGGUGACCUAUGGCCAUUUUCCAGAACUGACAAGGGAGCCAUCGUCAGAUGAUUUCUGCCGGAUGCCUCCUCCUCCUAGUGAUUCAUGUGACUUCGAUGAUCCUAGACUCUUGAGGAACAUCGAGGACCACCAUCCCACAGCUCCCUGCAUACAGGAGUUCCUCACCCUCCUGGCUGUGUGCCACACCGUCGUCCCUGAGAAGGAUGGAGACGACAUCAUCUACCAGGCCUCGUCCCCAGAUGAAGCUGCUUUGGUGAAAGGCGCCAGAAAGCUGGGCUUCGUCUUCACGGCCCGAACGCCCUACUCGGUCAUCAUAGAAGCUAUGGGACAGGAGCAGACAUUCGGAAUCCUUAAUGUCCUGGAAUUUUCUAGUGACAGGAAAAGAAUGUCUGUAAUUGUUCGAACUCCUUCAGGACAACUUCGGCUCUAUUGCAAGGGGGCUGAUAAUGUAAUUUUUCAGAGACUUUCAAAAGAUUCAAAAUACAUGGAGGAAACAUUAUGCCAUCUCGAAUAUUUUGCCACAGAAGGCUUGAGGACGCUCUGUGUGGCUUACGCUGACCUCUCGGAGAGGGAGUAUGAGGAGUGGCUGAAAACCUACCAGGAAGCCAGCACCAUAUUGAAAGACAGAACUCAGCGGCUGGAGGAGUGUUACGAGAUCAUUGAGAAGAAUUUACUGUUACUUGGAGCCACUGCCAUAGAAGACCGCCUUCAGGCAGGCGUUCCGGAAACCAUAGCGACUCUGUUGAAGGCGGAAAUUAAGAUAUGGGUGUUGACAGGAGACAAACAAGAGACUGCAAUUAAUAUAGGAUAUUCCUGCCGGUUGGUGUCACAGAAUAUGGCCCUUAUCCUACUGAAGGAGGACUCUUUGGAUGCAACAAGGGCAGCCAUUACGCAGCACUGCACUGACCUUGGGAAUUUGCUGGGCAAGGAAAACGACGUGGCCCUCAUCAUCGACGGCCACACCCUGAAGUACGCGCUGUCCUUUGAAGUUAGGAGAAGCUUCCUAGAUCUGGCGCUCUCGUGUAAAGCGGUCAUAUGCUGCAGGGUGUCGCCUCUGCAGAAGUCUGAGAUAGUAGAUGUUGUUAAGAAGCGGGUGAAGGCCAUCACCCUUGCCAUCGGGGACGGUGCGAAUGACGUCGGGAUGAUCCAGACUGCCCACGUGGGUGUGGGCAUCAGUGGGAACGAAGGCAUGCAGGCGACCAACAACUCAGACUAUGCCAUCGCACAGUUUUCGUACUUAGAGAAGCUCCUGUUGGUUCACGGUGCCUGGAGCUACAAUCGGGUGACCAAAUGCAUAUUGUACUGCUUCUACAAGAACGUGGUCCUCUACAUCAUUGAGCUUUGGUUCGCCUUUGUUAAUGGAUUUUCUGGGCAGAUUCUAUUUGAACGCUGGUGUAUCGGCUUGUACAAUGUGAUCUUCACGGCGCUGCCCCCCUUCACCCUGGGAAUCUUCGAGAGGUCCUGCACUCAGGAGAGCAUGCUCAGGUUUCCGCAGCUCUACAAAAUUACCCAGAAUGCCGAAGGCUUCAACACAAAGGUUUUCUGGGGUCACUGCAUCAACGCCUUGGUCCACUCGCUCAUCCUCUUCUGGUUUCCCAUGAAAGCGCUGGAGCAUGAUACUGUGUUGGCCAAUGGGCAUGCCACAGACUAUUUAUUUGUUGGAAAUAUUGUUUACACAUAUGUUGUUGUUACUGUUUGUCUGAAAGCCGGUUUGGAGACAACAGCUUGGACCAAAUUCAGUCACCUGGCUGUCUGGGGAAGCAUGCUGAUCUGGCUGCUGUUCUUCGGCAUCUACUCAACCAUCUGGCCCACCAUUCCCAUCGCUCCAGAUAUGAAAGGACAGGCAACUAUGGUCCUGAGCUCUGCACACUUCUGGUUGGGACUGUUUCUGGUUCCUACUGCGUGCCUGAUCGAAGAUGUGGCGUGGCGAGCGGCCAAGCAUACCUACAAAAAAACGUUGCUGGAGGAGGUGCAGGAGCUGGAAACAAAGUCCCGAGUGAUGGGCAAAGCAAUGCUUCGGGACAGCAAUGGAAAGAGGAUGAACGAGCGGGACCGCCUUCUGAAGAGGCUCAGCAGGAAGACCCCGCCCACCCUUUUCCGCGCAGGCUCCCUCCAGCAGAGCGUCCCCCACGGGUAUGCCUUCUCUCAAGAAGAGCAUGGAGCUGUUUCUCAGGAAGAAAUCGUCCGUGCUUACGACACAACCAAAAAGACAUCGAGGAAAAAAUAACACUCGAGUUUUCCUGUCGAUCUUAGGAAAGAGAUGCAGUUUACUGCACCCAGUGUUAAUACACGUUUCUCAGAAGAGACUGGUCUCAGCAGCCAAAACACGGGAAAACACAUUUCUGUGGCCUUAGCCAACCCGUUUGUUAGGUCCAUAUUCCCUCACAAACCUGAAGUAGAUGCCGCGCGGGGACGCCGUUUCCCCUUCCAAUUUGUCUGCAGUGCUUGGCCUAUGUUUUGUUUACCUUGUUACGAACAUUCAACUGUGCUCUGUGAGGUGUGAAAUUAAAAACGUUAUGUUUCACCAACAUUUAAACAUCAGUGCUAGUUGUUCCGGGAGGAAGGGAAGAGAGUUUUAUGUUGCAUGAGAAACCCAUCUUGUGGCGCUGGUGCAGGGACACACUUCCUGUUGUUAGCUCACAGAUUAAGGCCACCAAGCAGCACAUAAGCUUCACAUUGGGCAGGUUGCUGCCUCGAUUUGAUUCCUAUUUUGUUUGUAUGAAGUUGACAUAAACUUCUUGAUUGUAGUGAAAUCACAAAAAUCUGUAUCUGGAUGGUAAGACUGAGAACAUUUAUUGGAACCUCUCAGCCACACUCCCAGCAGGGCAGACCAGUCGGUAUCCCAGCAGACUUCUGCAACCUCCCCAGAUGCUUCGUCCCCAGCCGUCCUCUGCAGUCCAGGCGUCCCUUGUCCUCAGACCUUCUGCAUGGCUGACUACUGUGCGCAGAGCAUGGCAGCUGGCGGGCAACCACCCCACAUUGGCACCCUUCCUGUUCUAUCACAGAUUCAGAUACGGAUGCAAGAAGUCCCUUCUCCCACCUCCCUUUUCCUUCUGUGACUAAAGAAAAGAGACAUAGCUAUUCCGCAUAUAUUCUAAAUGUUUAUCUGCCUCUGAUGACAGGAAAGCAGGUCAGGGUGGUGGUGGAACUGCUUCAACACCCCCUGCCCUGGUCAGGGUCUCAGUAUUUAUUUCCCAGCCUUCCAGCCACUGGACCUUGGCAUUCACUUAAAUUGGAACCCACACGUGUUUUUCUUGGGAGUUCAGAGCACAUUUUGGAUUUUCACUGUUGGGAAAUGAAUGAUUUUGUAGCAUGUGUCCUCAGAGAAGGAACACAUCUCUCGCUCUGUACCUCUAAAGUCAGAGAGAAUGAGUAGACCCAGAUGGGGGAGUACAGGACCCUGAGGAUUAGGGAGGAAGACACCCAUCCGAGGAGAAAGCAAGAAGCAAGGACACAGAGACAUCGGAAGGAGGGCACCGAGGACAUUUUCCACCGCAUCUCUUCAGUAGAAACUGAAAUUAAGCCCUGGAGCCCAGACAAUUGUCAUGAUCAGCUGAAUGUGUCUGGGCCACAAAGAAGACACUGACAUGCAGUUUUAGUCGAAAAGAAUUCCAAACAUUUGAAGGUAAUGCCCUUUUUCAUACCGAUUAAGUUUCCUUCCUUAUCCCGUUAGAGGCAGACACAGGCACCUGUCUGAAUACGAAAUGUCCUGAACGGAAGAACAAGAAGGGAAGUGCUGAGUCACUGAUUUUCCAGACUGGGGAGUUCCACUUUCUAAAUCUGGACAGAACCUGGGUGCCUUCGGGCAUGAAUAAGCACCUGGAACCCUUAAUAAAUGACCAGCUGAGAGGCACAUUCUCUCCUCUCGGCUUUGGCUGCCAAGCCAGAAUUUUGGAUGGCUUAACAUAAAUAUUUCUGGGCAGCUGUUGUUGGUUAAAAUGUCUCCAUUCCUCUGGGGAUGGCUGUGCUAAAUUAGGAAAUAAUAGUGCACUUCGCUUCCUAACCCUUUAUUUUCAGAAUAUCCACAUCUUACUGGGCACUGUAAUAAUUUAGAGUAUGAUUUGCAUUGACUAGGAAAACUAAUCCCUUUCUUAUCAUGUGACCAAGACCCAGAGGGGGCUUAAGGGAAAGUAGAACAAUGCAAUUAACAGGUGAGCCUCAGAAAAUUGCCAUUCCUUCCUCCUCAAGAUGAUAUAAAACAUUUUUAAAUACUACAGCACCCAGCAAGAUGAAUGAAUCAUUCAUUGGAUUAUCAUUCAGGAAUUACAACACAAAAAUAUGCAUGUAGUUAACACUGCAAACCGAGGUAUAUGUCUUUAUUGCACACCCAGGAAGAUGAUGUUCUAAAUACAGAAGAGAAAGGAAAAUUCAGAUUGAGUGUGCAUUAGACAUUCUAUUUGGUUUCAUUUGGAAACAAGCCUAUUUGGAAAGGGGAACUCAAAACUCAAUUCUUUGUCAAGCCCUUAGCUCUUUCUUGAACUUGAAGUCUUCCAUAUCAGAUUUGUGAAUUACAGUAUGUGGUUUUUUUGUUUUGUGUUGGGAUUUUUGCUUUUUUUUUUUAAUGCUAAAAAAUACAAUUCAGAUUUUCUGAGAUUUAAGUAUAUUUUCCAGUUCUUUUAAGAAGUAGAUUAAAGUCUUUGCAAUAAUGAAAUAUGCCCACAGAAGAAAAUAUUAGAAGAAAUGCAUUUCUAUUUAUUCUUUCAUGCUAUUAAGCUAUCUUGUAGACAAAUGACUAAAUUGGGUUUCUAGAAGGAGCAGCUGUCACUAUGUGUGAUGUACAGUAUUUAGCUGGGGCCAACUCAGGGGCUGUGUCAUUUGUUGUAUCUUUAAAUUGAGGUCAGAAUGUCACACACAACCCCUCCCUGGGGAGCAGGGUAGACUGUUCUAAGUUGCCUGCUCCAGCUGUCAGCUCAGUGGAAAUGCCACAUGGGACUUGUCACUCUGCCACACAGUAAGUGACACACAGACUAGCAGGUCAUAGCUGGUCAGCACUAUAGAGCCUGACUCUGGAUUGGGCUAAAGUGGCAGAACCCACAGAGUCCCUGUCUCAGCUUAGUGUUGUACACAGACUGCUGACUUUUGUGUGAGUCUGUGUCCCAUUCCAGCUGACCUUGCAGUAGGAAAAGACCAGCCAUUCCCUGCUUGCAGUUGUGAGUUGAGCUAUGCAGUGAUCUGGGCCAGAGGAUGGUAAUGCAAAGUGCAUAUUGAAAAGGGAGGCUAAGAGAGCAGAAUAAACCGACCAUUUCUGCUUGGCUUUCUGGAUCAGCCUUCGCUGCUAAUCAGAAUGGGCUUUGUAAUAAUGUUGGCGUGUAGCUGUGUCUGACGUGUCUCUAUGCAGAAUAUUCCAGGCUUCUUGACCAGUGUUACAUUCUCCCAUCUCCCAACACACAUGCACACAUGUGAUAACCCUUUUUUUGGAAAUAGAGCUCAUACAAAACCUGUGCUUUGGAGAAAGGGGAUGCUGUUUCUUUAGUAGGGAGAAAAAUCCUAAGACGUGGACCUGAAUUUCAGCAGAGCAUGGCUGAGAAAUUUGUUGACAUCUUCUUUUCCUUGACAAGGCUUCAAGUCUUGCUAUGGGGAGCUGGCAGUGAAAAUCAGUAAUAACUUGUCAAGAAGCAGUGCAUAAUGAAAAAAAAAGUGAGUCUAAAUAACUAAUGUCUGAAAAUGCAAAUGGAUAUAUAUAUUAUAGGCUUUAAGGUAAAUUUUCUUUUUAAACAAAGCAAUAGUCUUAAUCUCCACUUAUUAUAACAAGGACCUUUUUUCUUACUUUUCUGAACCGUAAGAAAGAGAGUUUUCUAUCAUAUUCCUGUUCCUAGGGAUUUAUGUCUUAGACCAUAAGUUGAAUAGAAUGUUUGCAAAACUCUGCCUUCGGAUCAGACAAUCUUUAGUCUCGAACCUGUGAAAGAACUGCACGCACGCAGUUCAGCCAGGCCUGAAUUACAGCUGAGGGUCAUUGUCCCAGAGUAAUUCCAGGAGUGGUUUAGGCUCAGCAUCUGAAAUGUAGCCUUCAUCUCGUGGGAUCCAUAAACUAUGUGAACAGGGGACCUUUGGUUUAGCAGAGUCUGAAAUAAUAGUUUGGCAAAGAAAUGAGUGAAUCAGGUCAAGUUAAAUCAUGGCAUCCCCUCCAUAUUCAUUAAAUAUGUUCUUCAUGGAAUGA